CGCGCGCGCGGAAGGGGCGUGGCCGCGGCGCCGCUUCCGUGCUGGCGGCGAGGCGGAGGGGCGGCAAGAUGGCGGCGGCGGCGGUGCUGGAGCUGGAGCGCGCGCAGUCCCUGCUCUCCACCGACCGCGAGGCCUCCAUCGGCAUCCUGCACUCCAUCGUGAAACGUGAUGUCCAGGAAAACGAUGAGGAAGCAGUGCAAGUCAAAGAGCAGAGCAUCCUGGAGCUGGGGUCACUGCUGGCCAAGACUGGGCAGGCAGAAGAGCUGGGAGGACUCCUGAAGUACGUGAGGCCCUUCCUGAACUCCAUCAGCAAGGCCAAGGCCGCGCGCCUGGUGCGCUCCCUGCUCGACCUCUUCCUGGACAUGGAGGCAGCCACAGGACAGGAGGUUGACCUGUGUUUAGAGUGUAUUGAAUGGGCCAAAUCAGAGAAGAGGACUUUCCUUCGCCAGGCUCUGGAGGCAAGGCUGGUCUCUCUCUACUUCGACACCAAGAGGUACCAGGAAGCUCUGCAGCUAGGCUCCCAGCUGCUUCGGGAGUUGAAGAAGAUGGAUGACAAGGCACUGCUGGUGGAAGUGCAGCUCCUAGAGAGCAAGACUUACCACGCCCUGAGCAAUCUGCCAAAAGCAAGAGCAGCCUUAACCUCGGCCCGGACUACAGCCAAUGCCAUCUACUGUCCCCCCAAGCUGCAGGCAGCGCUGGACAUGCAGUCAGGUAUUAUCCACGCAGCAGAAGAGAAGGACUGGAAAACAGCCUAUUCAUAUUUUUAUGAGGCAUUUGAGGGCAAUGAUUCCAUUGACAACCCCAAAGCCAUCACUGCUCUGAAAUACAUGCUGCUGUGCAAAAUCAUGCUCAACAGCCCAGAAGAUGUUCAAGCAUUAGUGAGUGGGAAGCUUGCUCUGCGGUAUGCAGGAAGACAGACAGAAGCACUAAAAUGUGUGGCACAGGCCAGCAAGAACCGGUCGCUGGCAGACUUUGAAAAGGCUCUGACAGACUACAAGGUGGAGCUCAGGGACGACCCCAUCAUAAACACUCACCUGGCCAAGCUCUAUGAUAAUUUAUUGGAACAGAACCUGAUCAGAGUCAUUGAACCCUUCUCCAGAGUACAGAUUGAACACAUAUCCAGCCUCAUCAAGCUCUCAAAGGCUGAGGUAGAAAGGAAACUGUCACAGAUGAUCUUGGACAAGAAGUUUCAUGGAAUCCUUGACCAGGGCGAGGGUGUCCUGAUCAUCUUCGACGAACCCCCCGUAGACAAAACUUACGAGGCUGCCCUCGAGACGAUUCAGAACAUGAGCAAAGUAGUGGAUUCGCUCUACAACAAAGCCAAGAAGUUGACAUAGAGUUGAAUUUGCUAGCUGUCAUUUGGAGAGUGUGUGUGACAGGAGAGUGAAACCUUUGGGAAAAUGUUAGGAGACUUUUUUUUUUUCUUCUUUGUUCUACUUUUCGCUCGGAAAGUUUUUAAACUUCCUCAUCCGGUGCAUCUUGUAUUCCAGACGAUGCGUGUUCCAGUUUCCAUGUAAUCUUUACUGGCCGAACUUUGUAUCUGGGGGGGGAAUAUUGUUUAAACAAAGAGGGUAUUCUAAAUAAAAGGAAAAAGGCUUACACUA